AUGAAUCCGAACAGCCCCGUGGUUUCUACCGCCAGCAGUAGCACAAACGCCCAACCUCCAACAACAACGACAGCAGCAGCAGCAGCAACACCACCACCACCACCACCGAAAAUUCUUAGUUGCACAAAUUGUAGGAGACGUAAGAUAAGAUGCAAUAAAACAACAAACCCGUGUAUCCCAUGUCAGGCAUCUGGCACUGAAUGUAUUUUUCCUACACGUAUUCGAAACCCUAGGCCCAGACAAAGCAAUCCAAAGUCUCGUGAUGCUGAGCUAUUAAAAAGAAUCUCGCAUCUCGAAAGUUUGGUGAGCAGAAUUGAUGCCACAAAGCUUCUUGGAGAGGAUGGUCAGGUAGAAGACGAGGUUCGGUCAAAUACACCAUCGUCAGGGCCGCGACCUCAUCGCUCUUUCACGUCUCCAAGUCAAAAAUUCAAUGACAAUGCCCAUGAGAUUGGAUUCGUACCAGGACGUUUGGAUCAUCAAUUUGCUGAUUUUAUCAAACGCCAAGAGACCGAGUCAAUCUAUACUCAUGACGGAUUUUGGACAAGAUUAAGUGAAGAAAUUGAUGGACUGAAACAGCUCAUCGAGAACCCCAGUGACGAUGAAGAUGAAAAUUCUGGAUCAACUGCAACUUCGCCAGCAUCCAAAUAUGAUUACCCUUCACAAUUUGUCUUUGAUUCCAAGGUCACUUCCUCGAAUAUCAUAAUUCCAUAUCCAUCCGUCGAGCACCGCAACAUUUUGUUCGAUUUUUAUUUGAAAAAUGUGCAUCCAAUGGUCGUCACUGUGCACAAGUCAACAUCACACCUUAUGGUAAACUCAAGUUCCGAGUUAUUAGACCCAAAUACUGGCCGACACAAAUUCAAAAGUCUUGAGGCUAGCACGUUUUCUAUGUACCUGGCUGCUGUGACGAGCAUGUCAAAUGAAGAGUGCCUUGAAUUCUUAGACGAAGAAAGGCAGAUUUUAGUGACGCGAUACAAAACUGCGACAGAGAUUGCUCUCCAAGAAUCAGAUUUUCUCAAUAGUGUAGAAAUUGUUACUUUACAAGCUUUAAUGACGUAUAUUGCAGCUAUGCGCUCUCAUGAUCGAAGUCGAUCUGUAUGGGCAUUCAUCGGUCUUGCAGUCCGCCUUGCCCGUGGCAUCGGGCUUCACAGAGAUGGCAGUAACCAACCUUUCGAUGUGGAAAUGCGAAGGAGAGUAUGGUGGUCAUUGGUCGUACUUGAUACGAGAGCUUCUGAAGAUCGAGGUACAGAAACAAUGAUCACUGAUGGCUCUUUUGAUACAAAGAUGCCUGCCAACAUAAACGACGAGGAUAUCUCUGUUAACUCAACAACUUCACCAGUCGAUCGGAUGGGAUUCACCAGUAUGACAUUUGCUUGCAUUACGAUGACAGUCAGCGGGAUCGGAUUGAGGAUGAAUUUCGUACCUACGCGCCUAGACGCGCCAGUCUUGACUACAGAACAAAAAGAGCAGAUGAUCAAAGGAUUUACUGAUAAAGUUGAAUCAACCUAUCUCGCAGGUGCUGAUCCCAAUGAUCCGAGAUUCUUCUGGUUUUGUCGGGUAUCACGACUAUUAUCGCUCAAAUUAUGGUUGGUGACACAAUAUCCACUCCAGCGAAGGAAAUCUACACAUCGAGUACUUCCUCGAGGACAAUCCUUGCGUACAGCUAUGGCGUACCUAAAUUUGAUGGAAGAAAUGUGGGAACAUGGUCCUUCAAAGGGAUGGCUCUGGUUCUUUCAAACCUAUGUGCCGUGGCAUGCGAUCGCCGUCGCUUUAGCUGAGCUUUGUGCGGAACCGACUGGCACUCUUGCUGACCAAGCUUGGGAGGUCAUUGAAUUCCAUUACAAUAAAUGGAGUGAAUACGUUGCAGAUACAAAAGAUGGAAUGAUUUGGCGACCAGUGAAGAAUUUACUGAAAAGAGCAAGAGCAGCAAGAAGGCGAGAAAGAGGUCUCAGUGAUUCCCAAGCAUCAACAACUCCAACGGCAAUUUCCAACUCUAAUAUGUACAGCCCAGCUCCCAACUUAGGUGCCGAAUUCUCUCCGAUCAUGCCGGAAAAUAACAACUACCGUCAACCUUCUACAAUUGGGCAGGUUGACCCAAUAGGGCAGAAUACCUACGGGGCGAUGGGCUUCGAUCUUCCCAUACCCAUGGGUUCUACCCCCAUAGACACGAAUAUGACGUCCCCACUACCUAUUCCGGAUGGUUAUACAAAUGCACACUGGAACGAAUUCAUAUUUGGUUUAGGAACUGUUGGUGGCGACGCACCUCAACACCCAGAGAUGUGGGGUUCAUAUCAUGAUUAUUUUACUGGCUCUUAA